AUGGUGACAGAGUUAUCUGGCGUGGGUGUAAGAGAAGGCUGCCUUGGUGAGAGGGAGAUUCUGGAAACAUGCGAGAGGCGCCUGGAGGAGGCCAAUGCCGACCUUAAGAGUACGGUGCUCGCUUGCCAGGCAGUAGAAGCCAGACACACGAAGGCAGUCAGUGAUCUCAAUGCUUGUUUGAAGGCCUUGGCAGACCUGCCAGAGCAGAUUCAAUUCGCUCUGCCACGGAGGAUCCGCGAGCAAGAAAGCCUGAUCAACAGAAAGAGAUCGGCCUUGACAGAUGCGGAGAACAAGAAGGAAUCGGCAAAAUCAGACAUUACCUGGACUUGUUCUGGCUUCAGCCAGGCACACAGCAAGUUCUCCAGCGCAAAGCGAGCAGAAAGCGGGGCGCAAAGUGAUUUGAGGCGAGCUGAGUCUGAUCUUCAUCUUCGAUCUCUUGAAACGAAGCUACGCAGAGCUGAAGAGCGUCACGAAAGAUGUCGAGGGGAGACUCCUUCUUUGGAAACUGUCAAGGACAGCUUGGACCAGGAGUGGCUGCCGCAGAAAGAGCAUUGCCGUGUGGCGGCAGCAGACUACCAGAGAAAGCAGAAGCAGUUCAUCCCGGAGCGUGCUCGGAGCCACUACGACGACUCAUGCGAGAAAUCUUGCCUGGAGUCCAGCAGGGGUUCAUGCGCAGUCGUCGAGGGCAACCAGGAUGGGGCAUCCCAUGUUCGUGGAGGAGUUCAUGUCCCAUGUGCGCCACCUGAGCCUUCGUGGAUCAUGGGCCCCCUCCGAGAUGCCGAACAAGAGUCCUUGGAGAAGCAGUGCCAGAGGAUCCUGCAGGUCCAACAUCCUCAGUUUGCACAAAGCAUCCUUAAGGUGGGCUGGCUCUGGAGGAAGGGCCGGGUGUGGGGCUGGGACAAGCACUUCGCUGUGCUUGAGUCUGCUGAUGCCGUGCGCUCGGCUGUUCUACGCUUCUACGAAGACGACCCCUCCUCCAACCAGGAGAUUUCAGCUUCCGCUCCCUCCAUUAUCUUGUGGGAUGCGAAGGGUGUAAAAGCCAAAGCUGGCCCACACUAUGGCCUCAAGGAUGGAGAGCUGUGCUUCAAACUCUACCACUUCUACACCGAUUACAGAUUCUGUGUUCCAAAGGACGUGCCCAGAGACAAGUCUACUGAACGUGCCGAGUGGAUGGAUUUGCUGAGCUCAAGCAUGAACUUUUCGAACUGGGAGUAG